AUGGCAGUACAUAUACUAGUUAUUGGAGCUACUGGGCCAUCGGGCUUAGAAUUCUGCAAGGCCGCACUGUUGCAAGGGCACACAUUAACCCUUUAUGUGCGAAGCCCAGCGAAGCUUCCUGACGAGAUACGCAACAGUGCAAAUGUCUCAGUGGUGAAAGGCACUCUGGAAGAUAUUGCUAGUUUCCGGCGCGCGGCAACUUCUGGUCCUACAAUCUUUGUCUCCUUUGCAGGACCCGUAUCAAAGUCGAAAGGAACGCCUGUGACCGAUGCUAUGAAGCACAUAUUUCCUAUUCUGGUGGAGAGUCACUACGAGAGGGCCAUGGUUCUUGGCACAUGCUCAUAUCCCGCACCACUAGACAAAGGCGGUCUCAAGUGGAAAGCAUCGGUUAUUCUUGUCAAGAUUAUAGGCGGGUCUGCUUAUGACGAGUUCAGGGGCCUCGGUGAGUUUGUAGCGUCUCAAGACGUCUCGCAACUCAAGUGGACUUUGUUCCGAGUGCCGUUUUUAACCAAUGGGCCCAAUGCACCUGUCACGGCUUCAUAUACAGGCACUGGAGACGAUGAGUUUGGCGACUUGGGUAUUGGACCAUAUAACCGGGGACUCUGA